UACUCAGAAUUAAAUUGAAAUCAGUUCAGUCGAGAAUUCAAUUCAAUUUUCAUCUCCAAAAAUUAGUAUAAUCAAAGGCGGAAAACCCAUAAUCCCAAGAAAAAAAAAAACAUUUCUCGGUGUCUUGUUUUGCUUCUCAGUUGAGUGGACUUGGCGAUCCCUUGCAAUGCAAACACCCGAUGACGUUCGCAACCUCCCCAUCGACAUCACUUUUUCUCGUCUCGGAGAAUGGUUGGUCGAUCGCAAAAGGGUACCAGCAGAUUGGCGGAAGCGUGUGGCCGCCAUCCGGGCUCGAAUUUCCAAGGAAUUCUCAUCCCUUCCAAAGGAUUCUGAUCCCUAUUUUCAAACCCUAGACCCUGAAGGAGUUGGUUAUUUGGAGGCCAAACAGAUAUAUGAUAUUCUCUUAAAGUCCACUCCAGAGAGCCGGAACUUAUUUGGCCGCCUAUCGGGUGCUGCUGGUGCCUGGGAGGCGAUUGUCCGAUCUUUUGAGAAAGAUCAUGUGUUUCUUGGUGAGGCUGCACAGAUUAUGACUCAAAAUGUAAACUAUGAAAUCCCGUAUCAGAGAAAACAGGUGCAGAAGAUUCAACAGCAAUUGCUAGAACUAGAUCGCAAGGAAGCUGAUAUAAAAAGAAGUGCAGCUCUCUCAGCGGCUAAAUAUGCAGAAGCUUGUCAGGAGCUAGGCCUACAGGUUACAUUAGUGGAGGGUUUUGAGCCUUAUAGAUCUUCUGUAACUGUGCUACAAAACCUGACGAGCAUGCGUGAAAAUCUGCCAUCUUUGAAUGUUUCAGUUGGAUCUGAGAUUAAUAAUGUUACUGUUCACUCAAGCAACAAUGAACUAGAUCCAUUAGUGAGCAAUGUGGAAGUUGCCAUUCCAGACGUUGACUGGGAUAUUUCAGUGGAUAGUUCACAGAUUGAUUGGGACAUUGGAACAGUAGAAGAAACGGAUGAUACCAGUAAUGGGUUGGGUCCUUAUGAAAUCAUUAAUGCCUCUGAUGCCAUACAGACUGCACCAGUGGAGGAUGUCAGAUCAGAUCCAACAAAUCAAGAACUAGGGAUAUCUUGGGAUAUCAGUGUUGAGGCUCCUCAAGCUGAUGUGAUUGAUGAUAUUAAUGCCCAAACUCCAUUAGUGGAAAGUCAAGCUUCUCUUCCAGAUACUCUAUCUCAAUUGACAGAAAACAAGGAUGAAAGGAGCCAGCUCCUAGACACAGAAUACAGAAAUAAGGUUCUUGAUGAUAUAUAUGAGUUAAAAUCCUUUUUAAAUCAACGAUUGGCUGAGUUGAGCAAUGCGGAAACUUUAUCCUUACAACAUCAAGUCCAGGCUGUUGCUCCUUUUGUACUACAGCAGUAUGCUCCUGAUGCUAUAGAUAAAAUGCAAAGUGAUGUUUCAUUGGCAAUUUCAUUGCUGACGAAUAGGAAGACAAGGGAUCUGAUUAUGAUUCUCAACUCCAGAAGAUUUCUAGACAGGCUAGUGAAUUCAUUGGAGGAAAAGAAACAUCAUGAAGUGAAGUUGAAAGAUGGUUUGAAGGAUUUGGCUACUAAACGUAUGGAACUGCAGAAUUCUUUAUCUUCAUCGUGGCCAAAACAAGAAGCGGCGUUGGCAAAAACAAAGGAGCUGAAGAAACUGUGUGAGACUACACUUUCAUCCAUGUUUGACGGAAGACCAGUUAAUAUAAUCGGAGAGAUCAACACUCUUUUGAGUAGUGGCUUUGGAGCAUGAAGAGAAGCUUCUUCUGAUAAUGAUGAAGCCUUAGGUGGAUAAGCUAGACAAGAUAGCUGAAGAAUGAGGUGUAUGAUUGGAUAGAUACUUUUCUUUGGUACAGUUGCGUGCUGGCGUUAAAUGUUUAGUGACAAUGUCAAGAAUCUUUGCUGAUAAAUGUUUGGUGACAAGUGACAAGCUGUGAAUGAAAGUAACCUUUGGUACUGUCAUUUGAAAUUGUGUCAUCCGAUUCCGUCAAAUUAUAUCAAAUUUCAAGUUCCUCGUAUUAAGAGAAACAAUUAUUUUUUUUCUC